AUGUCAAAUGGUCCUGUGUUUCACAGCAAUAACACUCUUUGUUACAAUAAGAGUUCACAAUUUUGUGUGAGUUGUUCUGAAACUUUGCGUCACACCGACUGUAUAUUUUGUGAUAGCUGGAGAUGUGCAUUUCCAAGUUCACUGUCUUAUGCUAUGUGUUUAAAAGCAAAUGAAACGGCCCCACAUUAUAGUUUUUAUCAAAGUAAUGUUUCCUUAUUUGAGUAUUCUGUAUGCGAGAAUCUGCAACAGGAUUGCCCUUCAGUGCAAACGCUUUGGCCUUUAGCUUGGUUUCCCAGAGUCGAAGACUUAUAUUGGGUUGGGUAUAUAAAAAUUCGCGUGCUUGUUGAUAGGACAACAGAGGAAUCAGCUGUAAGAGUUGUUAGCAGAGGAGGAAAUCACCCAGAAACCUUGGGGAAGGUGUUCGGUAUCCGUGAAGACACGACCAUUGAUCAAACAGCAUGUAUUGAAUUCAAAGGAAGUGGAGAUAUACUGACACAAGCUGGUGUCGCGUCAGACCAGACUAUCGUAGAAGUGCUUGUAGAGGGCACAGCAUGUACAGUAGAGAAUGUGGCCUCUAGUUUACAGCAAUACCAGACAAACACAUCUUUCAAUGAUGCAGCGAUAGUUUCGUUCAAACCACCUUCUGCAUCUCUCAUUAGUGGAGAAGGUUUUGGCAUAUACGUAGCUUCUAAUGCUGAUGUUAAAACGGCCAAAGCUACCGCUAAGGCAAGAUGUCAAUGUAGUGAUUUCAAGGAAGGUCAAACGUGUAAUUCCCCCCGACCCAAAAUCGGAUACGCAGUUUCUAUAGCAUGUAAGACACGUCGUAGUCGCGGCUAGCUCUAAUUUUGAAGAUGACGAACACUCUUUAUGUUUCUGAAAUUGUCAAAUUUUAACAAUUUUGUGAAAGCAAUUGCUUUUAUCUCAAAGAGACUGAUUAUAUCGAAGCAUUAUGUCCUUUAUGGGUUUGUAUAUAAAAUGUAAGAAACGGUUUUACAAAAUAAUCUUUAGAAUAUUUUGAAGGAGGCGAGUCAUGUGAAACCAAGAUGCUUGUUUAUUCAAUUAAACAGCAUAAGGAAGGAGAUGGUGUAAAGGAAACCCGUGUAUUAAAGGUUUCAACCUUGUGUUGAAUGUGACACUGGGACAUAAUGGGUUAGAUGGUGAAAAGACAGUAGUGUACAAGAUUGUCUACCUUGAGCAAAAGGUAAAAUGGUGAUCGAUUUCCAAAAAGCAGACUCGCUGAGCCUAUUGGUCCGGAUCCCCAUAUGAAAAGUAAAUUAGUGCUAUCUGGACCACCUAGUAAUUAAUUUGA